GCGACUUCCUCCUUCUCUCCCCCCCUUCCAUCCCUAAGAGGGGGGGAAGCACUGAUGGGAAGCUAGCUUUGCAAAAAUGAAUAAUAAUCAUAAACAUAAAUACUUGUUUUAGGUGGACAGGGGAGACAGGGGGUCUGGACCAGAGAUUCGCUUCCUCUUUCCUCCCAGCUGUGCCUGGUGCAGAGCUUUUUGCUAAAAGCCAGUAAAGAAGAGGAGACCCGAUCUUCCUAAGUGAAAGCUGCGACCACCUCCUGCAGUUGGAGAAGAGAACCUCAUUUGUCUCCCCCAAAAGGAAGCCUCAACUUCAAAAGGUGCUGUCCCCAGCAGUUUUAAGAUUGUCCUGCAUCUGAAACAGGUGACUCGGAGUUUUGGAACACUUUGGGAAACGCAAUAGCGGUGGCUCCACCAGGUUGAGAAAUGGAGGAGCAGGACGAGGCUAGCUCCAAAAUACGGGACGGGGUGCGAGAGGAAGGGAAAAGACACCCACCGACUGUCCAUACGGAGAGUAUCGGGACCUUCUCAAGUAAGGCUCCUCUGCAGCUUCUUAAACAGGAACCCGAAGAGGGGUGGCGGCAGCAUUGGGAAGCCCCGUGGCCGAAGAGUGUGCAGGGUCCUGACCCUCGAACCCAGCCCCAAGCAGCAGCAGGAAAGGACGUGAAGGAUUUAUCGACUUUUGUUGGUGCCACUCAGUGGUCCGGAAGAGGAUGGGGGGUCCCGGCUUUGCCACACCUCAGUGGAGAAGCCCCAAAGGCCCACAGAAGCCCAGACUUCGCCGGGAAAGUAAAGGAAGAGGUUCCAAGCGAGGGUGCCGGCAUCCAUUCAGAGAUGAGACGCCAGCUCUUCCGGCAGUUCUGUUACCAAGGGGCCAAAGGGCCCCGGGAGGUCUGCCAGCGGCUGCAGGAGCUUUGUCAUCGGUGGCUGAAGCCGGAGAGGCACACCAAAGAGCAGAUCUUGGAGCUGCUGGUCCUGGAGCAGUUCCUGACCAUCCUGCCCCUGGAAAUGCAGAGCUGGGUCCGAGAAGGCGGUCCAGAGAGCUGCCACCAGGCAGUGGCCCUGGCAGAGGGCUUUCUGAUGGGGCGUCGAGAUAGCAAAAAAUGGGGGCAGCAGGUGCCAUCCCCUUGCACAGAAGGGGCCUCAAAUUCCUCUGAUGCAGACUUGGCUCCAUCCGACUUGUGGAACAGGGGAGUCUGCAAAACCACCAAGCAAGAGCAAGGGAAAGAGAGAAGCUCUGCAGAUGAUGGGCAAAUGGGAAAAAGCCUUCACCAUCAGGAAAGCUCAGAUCAGGUGGAACCACACGAUGCCUCUGUGAGAAUUGGGCUGGUUUUCGAACAUUACAAAGAGGAAGCCACGCUUUGGGGUCAACAGAGGACAUCAAGCAAGCAAGAGGAAGACUCAGAAAAUAAGGUGGAUGAAGCUAAAGUCUGCUGGGAAGGCGCCUUCCAUGGGAAAGAAACCAAAGUCCAGGUUCAAGCAGUUCAGGAUGGUAAAGAACCCGCUAACGGUGAUGGCAGCUUCAGAGCAAAUGGUGGCUUUCUUAAAUGUGAAGCCACUGCUGCCGGUGACAAAACGUUCAAGACCUCCGAUUGUAGAGAGACCUUCUUUCAGAGUUCCAGCCUCACCCCAAACGAGCUAAGCUACACAGGGGACAGGAGAUUCAAAUGCUCCGAAUGCGGGAAGAGCUUUAACCAGAAGCGGUACCUCACGGGGCACAAGAGGAUCCACAAAGGGGAGACCCCUUACAAGUGCUCAGACUGUGGGAGAAGCUUCAAUCGGAAGUGGAACCUUAUCGCCCAUAAGCGGAUCCACUCGGGGGAGAACCCGUACGAGUGUUCGGACUGCGGGAAAACCUUCAGCCAAAAGGGGAACCUCAUAACUCACGUGAGGAUCCAUACGGGGGAGAAGCCCUAUAAGUGUGCCGAGUGUGGGAAAAGAUUCAGCCAGAGAGCUGGCUUGACCUCUCACAGGAAAAGCCAUAUCAAAAUCAACGCCGUAGGAAAAGCUACUGUGGGUUAUCUGAUUUUCUUAAACCUGAGUGAAUCUGGACAGGAAGGGAGCCCCACGGAGGCCUAAGAGGGUGGAGGAAAGAGCUUAACACGGACCUCGGAACAUUUUGACGGAUGAAAAAUAAACCAUACGGCAGAAAAGACUUAGAAUUCCUGAUUGUAAUCGAAACAGGGUGUGAUCACAUUAUCAUCAAGAAGCAAGAAAUGUAUAGGAGGGGGAAGAUACCAGAAAUCUUAAAAACCAAUCUGUGCAAAUGGCAGCCCCAUGGGAAAAUUAUUGCUGGGUUAUAUGUCUUUAGAUUGAGGGGAAGGAUCAUGUGCACAGUUAAAUAAUAAUACAGUGGUGC